GCAUGAUAAGCCUCUCUUUAACCAAGCCUUCUUCGAAGCGGAGCCGGGCGCUAUUUGCACUUUGGGCGACAUGUGGGGGGAAAGUCUGCAGGCUGGAGCCCACAGCAAGAUGACCAGACAUUGAACUAAGCAUUUUCUAGCCCUGAGCGGAUCUACUGUACAAUUUGUUUCAAUAUUGCAUAUGCAAAACUAAGUGGAAAGUUGGAUUACUGAGAAGAAACCUGCAAGUCCGGACUGGCCAAGAGUGGAAUUUUGGGUCGUGGUAUCAGCAGUAUCGGACAGGUUGGAUAUUAUCCGUGGAAUAAGUCACAUCUUCACUUCACUGUAACGAGGAGGUACAGAUGCUGGAGAUGCCAUUGAAGCUGAGAAAUAAGCAACUGACUGUGCAGUACUGGGUUAUGUCCACGAGAACUGCUGAAAGGUCAAGAGGUGGUCCGCCUCUGUGAGCCACUCCAGAAAACAAAUGAUCUGCCGCCAUGCCUCCGUGGGUGGUACGUUGUCUCCCAGCCACCGCAGUCCAACUGCUGUUAUCCAUUGUGCUGUUAGCGGUCGGCCGGCCGCCUACCUCCACCUCCGGUUACGUUCUCCAAGGAACAGACCCCUCUUCUCGCCUUUAUCCCACCUUCACCCGGAAUGAUACGGAAUUUGAGCACCUGGCACUGCAUUCUGACCCCGGUGUGGGCCGAGUCUAUGUGGGCGCUCGGGAUAACUUGUUCCAGUUAGACCGAUUCCUUCAUGCAGAACUCCAGGAUCCUACCGGACCUGUCAGAGACAGCCGGGAAUGCCUGCCUCCUGUUACAGAGAGCAACUGCCCUCAGGCCAGGCUCACCAGCAACCACAACAAGCUCUUACUGGUCGACCCGUACUCCAUGGAACUGAUCACCUGCGGCAGUGUGAACCAAGGAAUCUGCCAAAAACGAAGUCUGGAUUCUGUGGAUAAGGUGCUGUUCUCCACUGAGAGGCCGGUGGACACCCAAUACGUCGCGGCCAAUCACCCCAACGUUAGUACUGUUGGGCUCAUUGUCCAGUCGCAGCCCGGCCGGCAGCCGCUUCUUUUUGUGGGGCGGGGCUACACAAGCAGCCACCCGCCAAUCUCCACAAGAAACCUGGAGCAGGAUCCGGUCUUUUCCUAUGAGGAAACGGCAAAGUUAGCUGUGGCGGGCCGCCUGUCUGAGUACGACCACCAUUUCGUCGCGUCCUUCGCCUACCGCCGUCAUGUGUACUUCUUCUUCUACCGGCGAGACCUGAAGUCCCAGUCGCGCGAGUACUGCACGUACGUCUCGCGGGUCUGUUUGGAUGACCAAGCCUAUUACUCCUACGUGGAGGUGCCCCUGACGUGCCGAUCCCGGGCCGGGAAAAACUAUAAUCUCCUUCAAGCGGUCCAGCUCGGGCUCUCAAAGGACAGGACAGAGGGUGGAGGCUCCGAGGUGGUUCUUGGGGUUUUUUCCACUCGUUUGGCUUCAUCCACUCGACCCAGCGAGGACUCUGCGCUGUGUACCUUCAACCUGGACGAUGUGGACCACAGGAUUAACUCCACUCGGGACCUGUGUUACACACAGAUGGGCAGAGACUCUGGAAUGGAGGUCGCCUACAUUGAAUACGAAGUCAAGUCCAACUGUGUCAACCUGCCAGAGAACACCUUGGAUGCUUACCCCUGCGGCUCCGAUCACACACCCAGCCCCAUGGCGAGCCGGAUCGCUGUGGAAGCUGAAACCAUACUGGACAGCCCGUCUGCCCGACUCACAGCUGUUGCAGUCAGCGUGAGGGCGGAACAUACCAUCGCAUUCUUGGGAGACUCCAAGGGAAACCUGCACAAGGUGUUCCUGGGACCAAACGGCGAGGUGGAGGAAUACUCUGUAACGUCCAUCCAACACAACGCCGCCAUUAGUUCCGACCUUGUCCUGGAUGGAGAGGAAGAGCAUCUCUUCAUUAUGACCCGGUCGCAGCUACAGAAGAGACCUGUGGCCGAAUGCCAGCAGCACACAGACUGUCACUCCUGCUUGCAAGCACACGACCCCUACUGUGGCUGGUGUGUUCUCCAGGGUAGAUGUCUUCAGGAGUCAGAGUGUCACCGUGGCAACCAGCCCGGUCAGUGGCUUUGGAGCUUUGACAUGGAACAACAAUGUCUGGCUGUCCAAGAACUCAGCCCCUCAAACAUCAGCAGGCAGGAGAGCAGGACGGUGUUUUUGUCAGUUCCCGAACUUCCAGCUUUAGAAAAGGGCGAGUCCUACUCCUGUGUCUUCCAUGGUGUCCGUAGUCCUGCCACGGUCACUGGAAGUGGCGUCACCUGCUUGUCUCCACACACUAGUCAAGUCCCUAUGGUGCCUCCAGGACAAGAUUUUGUCCGGGUUCCCUUGUCUCUUCGUUUUGGUGACAUCACGGUGGCAGAAAGAGAUUUCACCUUCUACGACUGCUCGGCUGUGAAGCAGCUCUCUGGCAGCAUGCUCUGUCACGGUUGUGUUCUGAGCCGGUGGGGCUGUAACUGGUGUGUUCACCAGCACAUAUGUACCCAUAAGUCCACCUGCGAGGAGGGCGUCAUCAUCUACAACCAGCAUUUUAAACUCCCCACCUCAGCCCCGCCCACUGCAAAAACGGUUAAAGUUAACACAACCCCCUCCGCCACCACCACCACGACAGCAAUGCCAACAACAACCACGACAAUCUCCACAGUAGCUCCCACAACAACAACUUCUACUGUUGCCACGACGACAACUACAACUCCUGCAUUGACCACUCCGGAGCUGACAACCCUUCCUAAAAUCACCACAAACCCCACCCCUACCAACCCUCAGCUUUCUAUCACCCUGGCAAUCACCAAUCCCGCACCAUUGACGUUUCCACCUGCAGACACCAGUACCAUUGGGAAGGAUGUGGGGGAGGUUGAGUUCAUCACCCAAAGUACUUUGAAGGAUGCCCAAGUCACAGCAAGUGCAGAUCUGGCGCCGGUCACCUCUGGUUUGGAUCUUAAACCUGUAAUGCCUCUGGUGAUCCCAACUCCGGACCCUUUGGAGGUGACCACAGAGUUACCAAACACCCAGGAACCUGAUGGAACAUGGACAUCAGUGGAUCUGCUCACCCCAACCUGGUCCAGCUCCUCUUUGCCGACACCCUUUUCCCCAGCUAUCUCGGAGUCAUCCCUCUCCCUGGAUCCGACCCAAGCACCGACUCCAGUACCCCCGCUAGACCCUCAGACCAAGUCUCAAAGCAGGGACACAGAGUCUGAUGUGCUCGGGUCAGAGGAGGAAGACAACAUGCCCGCUGUCUUGGCAGAAAACGACACAGCCACCUUUUCAGCUGCCACCGUGCUCUCAGGCGACGGUGAGGUGGAUCAGGCAUCCCCAUCUUACCACCACUUGGUGGACACUGAGCUCGACUACCAGUAUGAUCCAGCCGACGCCUUCCUCCCGGGGGAUGAGGGCUCCUUUGUCAGCUGGGGUUCUUCAGCCUGUCCGUGUGUGGAGAAGGUGCAGGGUUCAUCGCUACUUCCAGUUGGAGUGGAGAGGAAGAUCACUUUACUUGCCCGCAACUUACAUCUGUAUCAGGACACAGAGAUGGAGUAUGAGUGUGUGUUGGUCAUUGAGGGGCAAACGGUGGUGGUGGAUGCAUAUGUGGAGAUGGAUGACAUCAAUCCAUCCAACUUUGACAUCACCUGUCAACUGCACCAGUACACUUACUCCGCUCCAGUGGAAGAAUAUGCUGCCAUGGUGUAUGUGAAGAGGAGAGACACGUUCCACGUUGACAGCGCCCCUGAUUUAUAUGUGACGUUGUACGACUGCUCGGUGGGCCGCGCCGACUGCAGUCGUUGCUACACAGCAGAGCACAAGUACGCGUGUGUUUGGUGCGGAGGUGCACACGCCACAUGUUUGUAUUCUGGCUCGUGCAGUGAACCCGUACAGCAGACGUGUCCCGCGCCGGUCAUUCACUCUAUCGAGCCGCUGUCUGGCCUGCUAGAAGGCGGCACACUGGUGACCAUCACAGGCUCCAACCUUGGCCAAAAGGCCGAAGACAUCUUUACUUCUGUGUCAGUGGCUGGUGUACCCUGCAUGGUCAUCACUCAUCUCUACCAGGUCUCCUCCAGGAUCGUUUGCAAAACGAGAGCCAGUGGAGGAGAGAAGAUGGGUCAUGUGUCUGUUCAAGUCAGCGGGGGAGAAUUGGGAUUGUCCAGACAGGCAUUCAGCUUCCAGGAUCCGUUUGUGACAGGAGUGAUGCCCGACAGAGGUCCUAAAGCUGGCGGCACCACGCUGACCAUCAGUGGGCGAAACCUGCUGACCGGGCAUCCCUCGGACCUUGCCGUCACCGUGGGCGGCGUGCCCUGUAACAUUGUGUCGGAGGUUCAAAGCUCCAGUGUUGAGUGUGUGACGGGCAGCAACAACAAGACGGGAGAUUACCGCCUCACUUUGCAUUAUGGCAGCAGCCAACGGCAUCUGCACUCCAAAGCAUACCACUACACGCACAACCCCAACAUAACCCACGCCAAACCAACCAAGAGCUUCCUAAGUGGCGGGCGAAGGAUCUACGUUUCAGGACACAACCUGAACGUCGUGCAGGAACCUCGAAUGGUCGUGACCGUUUCGCCUCACGAGUCCAUCCAGAAAAAGACCAGCAGGAGAAGGAAGCGCUGGAGCCCAGGGGAAAGGCUAGGACGGUCUGCCAAAAUGGCUUCUGACCCACUGUGUCCUGGAGAUGUUCUCUGCUCUGUCAAACAGUUCACAGAACUUUGUGAAGUGAACUCCUCCUCCUUGAUAUUGUGUCGAUCGCCGAUGGUGGACUCCUCGGUGUGGGGCUCCAAGGUCACGGUGGAGUUUUUGCUGGACAACCUGCGCUUUGAUUUCAACGCCCUCAACCCCCAGGCCUUCAGCUAUGAGCCCAACCCAAUCCUGCACCCUCUGAACCAGCAGGACCCUCUGAAGGCAUACCGCUACAACCCUGGAAGCUUCAUCCAGCUUGAGGGGGAAAAUCUGGACCUGGCCAUCAAUAAGGAGGAGGUGGUUGUGUUAAUUGGGGAAGGUGUGUGUGCCGUCAAGACGCUUACCAGAAACCAUCUGUACUGCGAGCCGCCGCCUCAGCAGCCUAUGUCGACGACGAAUGUCAAGAAACGUGAGGGUUCUGACAGCCUGCCUGAAUUCACUGUCCACAUGGGAAACUUGAACUUCUCCCUUGGCAAAGUUCAGUAUGACAGUCUAAGCCUGGCCACCUUUCCCAUGGAGGCUCAGAUUGGUGUCGGGGUUGGAGCCUCCAUUGUGGCGCUCAUCGUCCUCAUCAUCGUACUUAUCUACAGGAGAAAGAGCAAGCAGGCUUUAAGAGACUACAAAAAGGUCCAAAUCCAGCUGGAAAACCUUGAAACCAGCGUGAGAGAUCGCUGCAAGAAAGAGUUUACAGACCUGAUGACUGAGAUGAUGGACAUGUCAAGUGACUUGGUGGGUUCUGGCAUUCCUUUCCUUGACUACCGGAUGUACGCAGAGCGCAUAUUCUUUCCCGGCCACCGGGAGUCGCCACUGAGACGAGACCUGGACGUUCAGGAGUGUCGCAGACAGACGGUGGAGCAAGGUCUGGUGCAGCUUUCCAACCUGCUCAACAGUAAACUCUUUCUCACUAAGUUUAUUCACACUCUGGAGAGUCAGCGGACUUUCUCUCCCCGAGACCGGGCCUAUGUGGCCUCCCUUCUCACAGUGGCACUGCACGGCAAACUCGAGUACUUCACAGACAUCCUCAAGACCCUUUUGAACGACCUGGUGGAGCAGUAUGUGGCCAAGAACCCCAAACUGAUGCUACGGCGGACUGAGACUGUGGUGGAAAAGCUGCUGACCAACUGGAUGUCCAUCUGUCUCUAUGCUUUCCUCAGGGACUCUGCCGGGGAAUGUCUCUACAUGCUUUUCAGGGCAAUAAAGCACCAAGUGGAUAAAGGACCAGUGGAUGCUGUGACUGGCAAGGCCAAAUACACUCUCAACGACAACCGCCUGCUGCGAGAAGACGUGGAAUACAAAACCUUGACUCUUAACGUGUUGGUGCAGGGCGGAGGAGCCAUUGAGUCGCAGCCGCUGCCCUGCAAAGUGCUGGACUGUGACACUAUCACGCAGGUGAAGGAGAAGCUGCUGGACCAGGUGUACAAAAGCACGUCUUUCUCUCACAGGCCUCACUCCGACUCCUUGGACCUGGAGUGGAGGUCUGGCAAUGCCGGACAUCUCAUCCUGUCAGACGAAGACCUAACGUCUGUGGUUCAGGGCAACUGGAAACGCCUCAACACGGUGCAGCACUACAAGGUCCCCGACGGUGCCACGGUCGCUCUGGUCCCUCGCCACAGCAAACACAUUCACCAUGACAACCACGACUACGUGGCUGGAGAGAAAACGCCCAUGCUGGAGGACGCAGACGAGGGCGGGGUGAGACUCUGGCAUCUGGUGAAGGCUGGCGAAGAACCCGAGCUGCCCAAACAUCGGCGAGGCAGCCUGAGGGAAAGAGAGAGAGCCAAGGCCAUACCUGAGAUCUACCUGACCCGCCUGCUGUCUAUGAAGGGGACGCUGCAGAAGUUUGUAGAUGAUCUGUUCACAGUCAUCCUCAGCACCAGCAGACCAGUUCCUCUGGCUGUCAAAUACUUCUUUGACCUGCUGGAUGACCAAGCUGCUCAUCACUCCAUCUCUGACCCAGAAACCAUACACAUCUGGAAGACCAACAGUCUCCCACUGCGUUUCUGGAUCAACAUUGUGAAGAACCCGCAGUUCAUCUUCGAUGUGCAAGCUUCAGACCACGUCGAUGCGGUGCUGUCAGUCAUUGCCCAGACCUUCAUGGACUCCUGCACCAUUGCUGAGCACAAGCUGGGACGGGAUUCUCCUAUCAACAAGCUGCUGUAUGCCAGAGAUAUCCCGCGCUACAAACAGAUGGUAGAAAGGUACUACGCUGACAUCAGGCAGACCAUCUCAGCCAGCGACCAGGAGAUGAACUCUGCUCUGGCCGAACUUUCCAGGAACUAUUCUGGAGAACUCAACUACUUGGUGGCACUGCAUGAGCUGUACAAGUACAUCAACAAAUACUACGAUCAGAUCAUCACGGCGCUGGAGGAGGACCCCACCGCCCAGAAGAUGCAGCUGGGCUACAGACUCCAGCAGAUCGCCGCCGCCGUGGAGAACAAAGUCACCGACUUGUGACAGAGGCCAGUCAAAGUGUGGCACCGGGAGAGUGGGAAUUGAGACUUGUGCCCCCCUGCUGGGUGGACCCUCAUGCUGCAGAGCACUGAAGAUAGACAUGACUUUUAGGACCUUUUUUUUUUUUUUACCUUUUUUAUUAUCUGACUGAAGACUGACCCUGGCCCAGGACUCUGACUAUUUGAAAUAAUACGACUGACAUACAGAAGUGCUGCGGCCAUCUUCUUUCUUUGGAUUAGCUUCUUGCUGCUCUUUAUGUGUGUCUGCAAGUGUGUGUGUGUGUGUGUGUGUGUGUGAGUGUGUGAGCGUGUUGCUUGUCAAUCAUGUCGUGUUCCAGGAGCGGAUCGCAGUCGCCGAGCGCCUCCAGAAAACGUCCGGUUUGGAAAUCCGCUCACACGCAUACUUACCAACCCCCCCGAUACUCCAGGGGGACUCCCGGAUUUCAUUGCCCCUCCCGAAAAUUUCCCGGGGAAACCAUUCUCCUGAAUUUCCACCCGGACAACAAUAUUGGGGGCGUGCCUUCAAGGCACUGCGUUUAGCUUCCUCUACAGCCUGUUGUCACGUCCGCUUUUCCUCCGUACAACUAGCGUGCCGGAGCAGUCACACAAUAUAUGCGACACACACAAGUGAAUGCAAUGCAUACCUGGUCAACAGCCAUACAGGUCACACUGAGGGUGGCCCUAUAAACAACUUUAACACUGUUACAAAUAUGCGCCACACUGUAAACCCACACCAAACAAGAAUGACAAACACAUUUCGGGAGAACAUCCGCACCAUAACACAACAGAACAAAUGCCCAGAACCCAUUGCAGCACUAACUCUUCUGGGACGUUACAAUAUAGACCCCCACUACCACAAAACCCUGCCCCCUGAUUCUCCCGAAUUCGGAGGUCUCAAGGUUGGCAAGUAUGCUCACACGCCGUUUGUCUGUCCACAUUGCCCGUGAGUUCAAUUCCCAGAUUGCUGCCGCCGCCGCCGCCUACCUCAGUCCGACUGUGCUCGUCGUGAAAUGUGUCGCCCUCUCUCCCGACGCGCGUUUCCACCCUCCGCUGCAAGACAUUAAAAUCACGCUCACUGAC